AUGAAUGAUAAAAAGAAAAACUUAAAACUUAAAUGGUGUGUGGAUUGGUUACAAAAACAAAAUGAACAAGAACCGAAGAAGUUGUCUUUACAAAAUAAAAACGAUAUUCAGUUUAUUAUCCAAACCAACACCGACAGGAAAAACUUUCUUCUAGCGGCAGCUGAAGACGAAGCAACGGUGCCGCCUGGAGUUGAUGAGGCAGAAAUUGAACCAAAACAUGUGCCUGUCCAUCGACUGCGUGUGGAGGAUUUGUGCUUAGAAUGCGAAUGGCAUUCAUGCCGAUGGAAAUUUUCAAACUAUGAACUAUUCCAGAAACAUGUUACUGAUCAUAUUUCUGACCUCCAUGUUAUCAAAAAAGAAAAAAAUGAGAAUUAUGUCUGCAUGUGGGAUGUAUGUGGGCACAUAACAUCCGACUUCAAUGAGAUGUGCCGCCACAUAAACUAUCACGCAUAUCAUGCAAAGCUCCUGGCAAUCGGUUACAACGGUCGGGCUACACUUAAUUUGGCACGAUGUAAAAAGGAUUCAAGUAAAAGAAAUCAGUUGCCGCCAUCAAUAAGUGAACAUCGUUGUUUGUGGGUUGAUUGCGAAUUCACAUUUAAUUCUAUGCAGGCAUUUCUUGAUCACGUCAAAAGUCAUGUGAACAUUUCAGAAGAAGGAAGGCUUUGUUCGUGGGCGGGUUGUGGUGCCACUUUUACCCGUCGCACUUUUCUAACAACACAUGUACGUUCUCAUACGGGGGAGCGUGUGAUAGCCUGUUACCAUUGUGGCCAGCAUUUCGCCAGUAACAGGAAACUCUGCGACCAUUUGAGGAGGCAGAAUGUGAACCCGCAGACGAGCUACCACUGUGAUUUCUGCGGCGCGGGCUUCGCGACCGCGUACCUGGAGCGGGAGCACUCGCGGCAGCACGUGUCGAUGUACGCGUGCAGCCUGUGCGACAUGUCGGCGCCCUCCCUCGCCGCGCUCGCGCUGCACGUGCGCUACCGGCACCUGGGCGCGCACGCACACACGCACCCCUGCCCGCACUGCGCAUACCGAGCAGUAACAAAAUGUGAUUUACGUAAACACAUUCUAACGCACACCCGCAAAAAGAAAAAACUGAGAAAGAUGGAAAUUAAAAAUGAGGAAGGUGUCAGCGAUAGAGAAUUAUCAGAGGAGAAUUCAGACGAGGAAGUGGUAAAGAAGCCAAAGAUUUCGAGGAAGUAUGCGUGCCACAUGUGCCCGGAGAAGGAAAUGAAGAUAUUUUCAAGAGGUACACGGUUGACCACGCAUCUCGUCAAAGUCCAUGGCGCCCAGUGGCCUUUUGGAUACAGUCGGUUUAGAUAUCAGAUAAGUGAAGAUGGUAUGUACAGACUCACAACCACCAGAAUCGAGGACCUGGAGGUUUCCAAAAAGAUCGUCGACGGUUACAGCGGACCGAAGAACACGCUUACAAACACCUUCGAGUUCGAUGUAAAGCAAAUAGCCGAGCCGACGGAAUCCACGCCCACACAUUUUAUGAUCACAAUGAAGAGUAAUGAUGUAGAGAAUGUCAAAAUUGAGCAGAAGGAGGAGAAAGAUGACAAUUCUGUGGAAAUAACCAUGUGCGACGUGGACGAACAUGGCAACAUUAUCAACUCUGAAGUUAUUAAGUCUGACGUCAUGUAUACCUAA